GCGGGGCGCUAGCACAUGUUGAACCAAUCACCGCGAGCGCCGACGCCUGACCUCCCGCGCCGGCCAAUCACGGGCGAGACCCCGCCCAACGUACAAUCGCGAUUGGGCGGUUGCUUCCGCCAAUCACAGUGCGGAUGCGGGGGUUAAGUCACGCAAUGAGGCGGGGCCGAGGUGCACACUGGGAGAUGAAGUCCAACCUCGUCGCCGCGUCGGAGGAUCAAUUUGACGCCAUCGCUGCGCCCACUGAGCCUCGCUGGCCCAAGCCGCCGUCGCCGCUCCCCGCGCAACCUCCAGCGGCGGCCUCACUCUUCGUGAAUGUGUGUUUGACGAGACGGUGAGGGACGGACGGACGGCAGGCCCGGUGUGAGGGUCGAUCCGCCAGGUGAGGGAAGACCAUGGUGGACGUCGCAGGAGCAGCGGGAAAUGAGGCGCCUGGGCAGAGAGAUGAGCAGCUUGAUGGCAUCCUUCCUACAGCUGGGUGAUCAGUACACAUGAUACUGCAACGCUUUGUACAGUUCUCGCACGGUGUCCCAUCUCCUGCACUCAAGACCCUGACCAAUGAAGAGUCAGUCACGGUGGUGCAGCGGUAGAGUUGCGGCCUUACAGCGAAUGCAGCGCCAGAGACCAGGGUUCCAUCCCGACUACGGGUGCUGUCUGCACGGAGUUUUCACGUUCUCCCUAUGACCUUCGUGGGUUUUCGCCAAGAUCUUCUGUUUCUUCCCACACUCCAAAGACGUGCAGAGCCGGUCUCCCUGAAGGUUUGGGGGCUGGGAACGUACGUGCCAGCCCUGAGGUCGCUCUGCUCGCUGUGGGGUGAUGGGCCGGCCCACCCCAUACCCUGCACUCCAGGUUGAUUUGUCCCAUGAGUGAGCAGAGGAAGUUGCCUCAGUGGGGCUGCGGUCAGUGUGUGAGCUGCGAGUGAGUUGACAGACGGAGAGCUGCCCCCAGUGCCAUGGACAUCUGCCUGCACCGCACCCUCCUCACCCUGGCCAUGAUGGUGACCUCCGUCCCUGCCGACCAUCCUACCGAGCCUCGCCCACGGCUUUGCCACGCAGCCGGUGACCCGCGGCGCCGGCUGGACCGUUUCUCUGGGGGAUAGCGGCGCCAACUACAGCUGCCUGCUGCUGAGCAGCGACGGGCAGCGGCUCUAUGUGGGUGGCAGGGACCAGAUCCUCUCCCUCCACACGCUGACCUUCAGCAAUACAAUGGCUGUGGACCAGAUUGACUGGCGGGCGACGGAUGCAAAGAUCCAGGAGUGUGGGUCCAAGGGCAAGAGCAAGCAGAGAGACUGUUUUAACUUCAUUGUGGCGGUGUUGCCGGUGAACGAGAGCUGCCUGUACGCCUGUGGGACCUACGCCUACAGCCCGACCUGCACCUACAUCGAUACCCGGACCUUCUUGCUGCGGACAGCUGUGGACGGGCAGCCGCUGACCGAGGACGGCAAGGGCCGUGUGCCCUUUGACCCCGCGCUCAGGUUCACCGCCGCCAUGGUCGAGGGAGCAUUAUACUCAGGAACCAGCGGCAACUUCCUCGGUACGCAGCACGUCAUCUCCCGCAGCCUCGGGCACCAGGUUCCCUUGAAGACCGAGACUUCCUUGAGCUGGUUGCAAGAUCCUUCCUUCGUUGCCUCCACGUUCGUCCCUGAGCAGGACGGUGACAAGGUCUAUUUCUUCUUCACGGAGACGAGGAGCCGCUCGGAGUUUCCACAGAGGAUGAGGGUCACCCUGGUGGCUCGGGUUUGCAAGGACGAUGUGGGUGGGGAGCGUGUGCUCCAGAAGCGGUGGACCACCUUCCUGAAGGCCCAGAUGCUGUGCUACCUCCCCGAGGACAAGUUCCCCCUCACUGUCCUCCAGGACAUGUACGUGACCAAGGAUGAGGACGGAACUAUCAUGCACGGAGUCUUCACGUCCCAGUGGUUCCACGGCAGCUCCCACAGCUCUGCCGUCUGUGCAUUCACGUUGGCGGACAUCCAGGCCGUGUUCGAGGGCAAGUACAAGAUGCUGAACCGUGAGCUGCAAGUCUGGGUCCACGUACACCGGCGACAUCCCGGAGCCCCGGCCCGGAGUGUGUCACAUGGGCCGAGCGCCGGACUCCACUCUCAACCUGGCCAAGGAACUCUUCCUCAUGGACGGAGAGGUCCAUCCCCACGGCCACCGGCCCCAACUCACCGCCCGGGCGGCACAACUACCUGAAGAUCGUCGUGGAUAGCGUGGCCGCCGUCAACAGCCGCACUCACAGGGUCAUGUUCCUCG